AUGCCGCUCAAAAUCCAGGAAUCAACGUUCAGCUUAGACAGUCUUGGAGGCAGCGGUUUUGACCCGUGCCAGGUUCAAAGAUUUCUCCGAAGCCGCCACCCUAAGCACCGGGUGUACAACCUUUGCAAGGAAGAGGGUCGAAGGUACGAUGACGAGUGCUUCCGAGAGGUUCGACGCAGGAUUACUUUCUUCGACCACACCGUUUGUCCUUUGCAGCAUUUGGUGGAACUCCUGGAAGAGCAACACAGGUUUCUUAGAGAAGACACGAACAAUGUCGUUGUUAUCCACUGCAAGGCCGGGAAAGGCCGGACUGGGCUUGUUUGCUCCUGUCUUCUGCUGCGUGAAGGCGUCAAGAGCGACGCUUGCAAGGCACUGGAGACGUAUGCUAAGAAAAGAACCCAUGAUGGCAAGGGUGUGACCAUUCCGAGUCAGAUCAGGUAUGUGAAGCUCUACUCGCAGUUCCUGCAGGAGGGCUUUCUUCGGAAGCAAGUGGUCCGCCUGAAGAGCGUAUGCCUUCAAAACUUCAUGAAGCUGCCGGGCUAUCGCUCUUCCAGCUUCAAAGUGCAGAUAAAGGAUACUGAGAAGGCAGUCCUUGCAGAAGGAUUCUCGGGCCAGUCUGCAUCAAUGACAGAUGCGUCAGACUCAUCGCAAGAAGAUUCGGACGAGUCAUCUGCUAGUGCAGUGCAGGAUUUGCAUCAUUGCGGCCAGACAAAGCUUCAGGAAAAUGAUAGCCUGGUGAUUGAAAUGGCCUCGGACAUCACAUGUCCAGAUGACUUCCAAAUUGUUAUAAGUCGUCAGUCUUCGUCCAGGUGUGGCCUGGCAGAGCAGGUUGAGGUCAUCGGCUCCUUUUGGCUGAACAGCGGCUACCUCUCCAAGGGUAUCCAGCUUCCGCUUGAGGAGAUUGACUACUGCCGAAGUUUGCAGCACCUGUCCUUUGGCUCCAGAGCAUCAGUGGAGCCAGAUGAGGCUUGUGAGAUUUUUUGCAGCUUUGAAAUUCUUUCAGGAUCUCUGCCAGCAAGGCCUGAGGGCUGA